AAGUUUGGUCGAAAGUACAGCAAAUUUACCGUUUACUGCACCAAAAUAAAUAAAAUAAAUACAAUUACAUUCACAACUCACGCCCACAAAUGUAACAAAACGUCGCGCAAACAAAUUAACCAAACACAAAGGAUUGACUGGUGUUGCAGCAGCAGUCGUUGACAGUCGUUGUGUUCUGUGGCAGGAACGAAAGGAACGGAACGUGUUUGGGGCGGACUUGUUUUUUCUGGUGCCUGUGCAAAAAAGGGGACGCCGCCGCCGUUGCAUCAACUAACUGUGCUUAUUUUUUGGGGGCUGCAGGAGCCCACAGCCAAGCCGCACAGCUCAACCAGAUUCGUUUGUCUGCUGGCCAAGUUAACCAACGGAGGCGGGGGGCGUGUGUGCUAGUGUGUGUCUACAUAUAUAUACAAGAACAAGUUGAAGCGCACUUGUGUGUGUGUGUCGGUGUUGGUGUUUUCAGUUGUGCAGGUGUGUGUGUGAGAGUUCUGUUGUGUGUGUGUGCGCGCUGUGGUCUUGAUGUCUGUGCUUUUUCCCAGACGAAGACGAAGACGUGAGCAGCACACAGGUGAAUUAUUGUUGCAAUACGCUGAAGCUGCCGCUGCCACUGCCGCUGCCGCUGCCUCUGCCUUGGCGCUGCUCUAGCCAAACAGACAACACACAAUAACACUCAAAACACAAACGUUCAACAACAACAACUACAACAAAAACAACCACAGGGACGAAUUGAAAAAUGCUGCGUUUUCUAAGUCGUCGCAAGGUGCGCAACAACUAUGCCGAUAAUGCGAGCAAUUCACGGGUUGCAGGCGGCGGUGGAGGUGGCGUUGCCGUCAUUGCAAGCAGCAGCAGCGCUGGCGGCUCCCAGAUUAAGCCCCAACGCAUUGUCGUAAACAAAAACAAAAUCGACUGUCGCGUUAUACUGCUGGACAACACUGACCUUUCCAUCGAAUUAUCGAAAAAAGCGCUGGGAAGUUUUCUCUAUGAACAGGUUUUCUAUGCCUUGGAUAUCAUUGAGAAAGAUUACUUUGGAUUGCAGUUUAUGGAUGCGAACCAUGUGAAGCACUGGCUAGAUCCCACCAAGCCCAUCAAAAAGCAAGUGAAAAUUGGACCACCGUACACCUUUCGCUUGAAGGUCAAGUUUUAUUCAUCGGAGCCGAAUACGCUGCGUGAGGAGCUGACGCGUUAUUUGUUCUUCUUGCAAUUGAAGCAAGACUUGCUGGAAGGGCGACUCGACUGUCCGGAUGACAAAUCCGCCGAACUCUGUGCGCUGGCCUUGCAGUCGGAGCUGGGCGACUACGAUGAUCAGGUGCAUUCGGCUGCUACUGUCUCCGAGUUUCGUUUUGUUCCCGAACAGACAGAGGAUCUGGAAAUUGCCAUAUUGGAAGAGUAUAAGACAUGCCGGGGCUUAACGCCCGCCCAGGCUGAGACGGCCUUUCUCAACAAGGCCAAAUGGCUGGAUAUGUAUGGUGUGGAUAUGCACACGGUGCUUGGCAAAGAUAGCUGCGAAUAUCACCUGGGCUUGACGCCCACAGGGAUUCUGGUGUUCGAGCGUGACCAGAAAAUUGGCCUCUUCUUCUGGCCGAAGAUUAGCAAAUUGGAUUUCAAGAAGAAAAAACUAACACUCAUCGUUAUUGAGGACGAUGACGAGGGACGCGAACAGGAGCACACUUUCGUCUUCCGCCUGUACAAUGAGAAGGCCUGCAAGCAUCUGUGGAAGUGCGCCGUCGAGCAUCACACCUUCUUCCGGCUGCGAGCGCCAGUUAAGGGACCCUCGGCUCGACAAAACUUCUUCCGCAUGGGCUCGCGUUUCCGUUAUUCCGGCCGCACUGAAUUCCAGACCACACAGCAGAGUCGCGCCCGUCGCACCGUUCAGUUUGAGCGUCGACCCUCGCAGCGAUUCGCCAGUCGUCAGUCGCAUUUGUUGCGUGAACGCCAAAAGGCAUCCCAGGAGUCGGCAGCCUCAGCCGUGGCCAGUGUCAAUGCUCGUGCGGCCGCCGCUGCUGCAGCUGCUGCCACGGCCGCUGCCACAACGCAUGCUGCACCGUAUGCUGCGAGCAAUGAGAACAACAAUGAAACAUUCGAUUCGCUCAUUUCGGCUGAUCCGUUUAUCACCGUCACCCCCUCACCCUCCGUUCUGACUGUCAUACAGAAUUCGGCCAUCAUUGAACCGGAUGCUGCGUGCAGUGCCUCCAUUAGCUCAUCGACUCAAGCAGCGGUCACUUGUCCCUCGCUGGGUCGCAAUUCACUGAAGUCCAACUUUAGCAACGAUGAUCCGGCCUACAGCAAAAUUGGCUCCAUUGGCAAGGCAGCGGGUCUCUCUGUGAAACUGGAGCCAGAGUACACGCCACCCUAUUCACCCAAUGCCACCAAGAACUUUGACGAAACGAAUCCGUUUAGGAGUGCGGCGGCUUCGCAUCAUGGCAGCUUUGGCAAGGCCUCAAUUAGCUCAGGCCAGCUCAGUGUUAGGAGCGGCUUAUCGGAUAAAGAUAGAGAGCUAGAUUCAUUACUUAAGUCCAUUGUCAAAGAUCCAUCCCCAUCAGUGCUUGCAAACGAAGCCAUUAACGAUGCUAACAGUAUCAGAGUUACUAUUAACAAGACCUUUGACAUGGAUCACAAUACAGAGACACUGAAGCGACUCUCGACGACAAACGAGAAGCCCAACAAUCAAGUGAAGCUGGCCAAUGUGGGCGCCACUGCGUUGCCACCGGGCAAUAUCAAGUGCAAUAUACUUAAGGCGCGCGUAGAGGAAGAACUCGGCGCUAGCGGAAACGCUAAGCUGACCAAUCAAAUGUUUGUGCCCGCUGCUCACUCCAGCAGCAGCAACAUGCACGUCAACAACAACAAUCACAUUGGCAGCAACAGCAGCAGCGGCAAUCAUACACACAGCGAUGGACCCGAUUCCCUGAAUGCCACCUACAUAUCAGUGGGCGGCGAUAAGUUGACGCUCAGCAUACCGGAACAGAAGCCGAGCAGCGGCUGCGCCAGCGUCAACAGCAGCUCGAGCACCAGCAAUAGCAAUAGCAAUGCUAAUGCAAAUACUAAUGCUAAUGCUAAUGCUAAUGGCCGUGCCAGCAGCAACUCACCCUUCAGCAAUGCCACCUUUCUGUCUGGCUUCAGUGGGCCACCAACGCCGCCGUCGUCGCUGCCAGCGACAAUAAACAAUACGAACAACAGCAGUUUGGCAGCAACCAGUGUGACCAACAUAAGCACGCCCAGCUGUUCGGCUGCUAGCGUUAAUGUUACUGCCAGCAGCAGCACUGCCAAUGAGCUGACCGGCACUAGUAAUAGUGGCAAUUUCAGCUCCGCAACGCCCUUGCUGAGCAAUGCCUCGGCAGCCGAAAUACUCAUUAAUGAAAUCUUCAUUAACAAUAUAAUAAACAAUAAUGCCGCGGCGAACAACAGUAACAGUAACAGCAACAGCAAUAGCAACAAUACCAGCAGGUCAGAGGUGGCAAAAGCCAAGUCCUUGACAACGACAAAUGCAACGUCAACGCCUAGCGCUGGCACAUUGCUCUUCUCCACGCUCAGUGAGCAGGAGCGCUUGGAGGCGCAGAAGUCGAAUCAGCAGCAAUCCAAUCAGAGCCAAGUUGAUGGGCCGCAGAGUGAAAAGAAGAACAGCAGCAAUCAACAGGAGAACAUUCGCAUUCCAUCCAAUAAUAGCAGCAAGGAUAUGGUCUCACCUUGGCUGGUCUCAUCGGAAAUCGUUUCAGCUCCCAAGGGACGUGAGCCGACCAUAAUACGCAAAUCCGUUAUUACAACACAGUUGUAAUUAUUAUUGUUUAAAUUGAACAAUUUUUAUCCGUAAGACUUAAUGAUCGUAUUUAUAUAUGUAAGAAGAUAUAGCUAUGACAACCUUAGACAACAUUCUUUUAAGCAUUCCACGAAACAGCAACAUAUAAGACAAUGAGAGAGCAGGUCCAAUCAAAAAAAAAAAACAACAACAAAAAAAACUAAAAAACAAUGUUAACUGUCCAUUAAAUGUGCCUUAAAUUAUACUUAUAUACAUGUACGAUAUGUGUGCUCGUUAACGGGAAACGAGAAAUGUGCUUAAAGAAACGGUGUACUUAAAACAUACAUAAUGUAUUCUAUUAAAUGAUAAGUGUAUAGACUGGAUUUUUAACAAGCAAAGUGAUGUCUUUCUGCUUAAUAUACAGCGAUCUAUAUUAUAGCUAAGAAAAUGUGACAAAAUAUAUAUUUUUUAAAAUUACAGUAUUCCAAUUAACAGACAAAACAAUAACAAAAAGAUCAACGAAUGUCGCAUAUCGCUAGACUUGGAAUUGAAUGUCACUUAAUAUAUACAUAUACAUAUGAUUUCAAUUUUAAAUCUAGUGUCGGCAAACUGACAGCUAACUGAUUAAAUCUACUCAUAUAUACAUAUUAUUAUAUAUUUGAAUUGUUAAGUGCAAAGAAAGCAUUUCAAAUUUUUUUUGUAUACAACUUUAAAGCAACAAAUGCAUUUCUAUAAAUAAAUGUAUUUAAACAUAUCCAAUAAAGUAAUUUGUGUG